UAGAACUAUCCAGGCCAACCAUGCGCACAAAGAAAGGCUUAUCUACUCUGUUUUCCCUCUGUCACUCUGUUUCAUUACGCUACUCAGUUCUUCCAUGGCUUCCUCACAUCUCCAUUUCCUUUCUACCCCAAAUCCCAUUCUUAUUCUCCCUCAAUCUCAGCCCUCUUUCACAACCCCAUUACAAAUUACAUCAAAACGAAACCACUCAAUCAAAUGCAACUCACAAAAUUCCGAAUCCGACCCCAAUUUCCCAUCCCCAGAUCCCAAUUUCAGCGCCCUAAACCAACCGGAGAGUUUCCCAAUAGAGAAGCGAAGAAGAUCCGAAAUAGUCCGACAAAGAAGACCCACAACAGACAUCGCAAAGCCAGAGCCACCCAACUUCGAAAUCGGGUGGAAGAGGACGAAAGAGAUCAAUCUGGAGAAGCCGAUCGGGUGGAUGAUAAUGGAUUUUCUGGAGAAGCUUGAAGGGUUAAUGGAUAGGGAAUUUGGGUCGACAGAGUUGCUUGCGAAAGUGGGAGAGAUUGUGGCGGAGAGGGCGAGAGAGGAGGCGGAGAUCUUGCUAGAUGACGGCAAAGUGGAGGAGAGAAUGGUAACGGAGCUGUUUAGAGUUUUGAAAUUGAUGGAAAUGGAUUUUGCCAUGGUGAAGGCGGCUGUGAAGGAUGAGACGUUGAGUGAGCGGCUUGGUCAGGCUAAAGCAAGAUUGAAUUCGACGGCCAUUGCCCAAUCCAUCUCGAUUUAAAUUCGAGGCUAGGUUUGGAAAAGGUGGAGGAUGUUUUGAAGAAGCUAGAGGAGAUUGUGACGAUUUCAAAGAAGCUAUAGGACUCGCAUGAGAUUGUGACGAUUUUGAAGAAGCUGAAGGGGGUUGGUACUCGAUGGCGAUGGGUUUCAGAAGGCUGACAGUGAUGGGCAGACUCAGAGAGGAAGAGAAGAGAAAGAUAAGUGAGAAGAGAGAAUAUAGAAGCGAAGAUAGGCACACACAGAUGCUUCGAUAGCUAUUUUGGUAAUUUACCCAAUGAUGACGUAAGUAGAAGGUAAAAAUACUUGUUUUUCAAAAGGUACUUCAAUUUCCAUUUAGGCUUCCCAAAACAGGCCAUCGGUACAAAAAUUCAACUUUUACAUGCUAAAAUUUAAUAAUCAGUGGUAAAAUAUACCUUUUUAUUAUAAAACAAGAUAAUAAUAACAAAGGAGGAAGAAGAGAAAGUAGAGAGUGAAUGUAUUAUCUAUUCAAUUGUAUCUCUCAAAGGUUCCAAUGACCCCUGUUUAUAGAGUUUACAAAAUAUAAAAAUGGUAAAUAUACAAAGAAAAUACUGGAAAAGAUAA